UGGCGGGGCUGCUGGAGGCGGAGGCGGAGAGGCGCGGGGGAGUCGCGGGGGCUGCCGCCACGGCCGCCCGGGAGAUUUUAAGACUCCAGGGCCUUCUAGCCGUGAAUAAUCUGAUGGUUCCUGAAGUGACUAGGCAAACAGAUGCUUCUCGUGCCAGUUGAAGAAUGUGUGUCUAUGUAUAUUUAAAACCUUCUUUCUAUACAUACACAUUUACACGGGAAGACAGGCUCAUUCUUGUGUACACUUGAGAGUUUUACAACUGAUGAAAAUUAAUUUAAGAAUCACAUUGAGCAACUCGACACCACUGGGCUCAGGAGCCUAGGGAGAAAAAUACAUCACUUGUGGCCAGUUUUCCAUAUGGUCUUCACGGGUAAAGAAAGUCUGCAAAAAGAAGAAAAAAAAUUUGCACAGAUUAAGCCUCAAAAAUACCUCUCCAGUUUAAAGAAGGAACGAAGUGAGAAGGUGACUAAGAAAGAAGCGUGAUUUGAAACAUUGCAGUGGGAUCGUGCAGUGCUUUCUGCACUUUUGUUUUUCAGUUGGUUUGGUGAUUGGACAGACUUUAAAAUUCUGGACUGAAAAGUAACUCUUAUGGUGGUUAUGGCUGGAGGAAAGCAAGUUCAGGUCUGAUGGACAAGUUUGAACAAUGAACUGAUUCCUUUGCUUAUUUUAGUUAACUGUAUUUAAGAAAUUUUAAUUUAUUAUUUCCCAUUUCCUCUCCUGCAUCUAUAGGAUAGUAUCUUAAAAGAGCAAUUGAAACAGAUGAUUACAAAAUAAAUAUCAAGGAAAAUCCAAGCAAAGCUUCCUUUCCCCUGGACUACAGGUGUGGUGUUUGGAGACGGUCUCUGUGCACACAGGAAAGCACCCACCAGCAACACAUGAUCACUCUCCAGGGAAAUAGUGAGGGGAGAAUCCGACUCUGGCUUGUGUUUUUGUUUCAAGAGAUUAUCUUCCCUGUUGAGUCCAAGAAGACUUGCCUGUGAGAGAAAGAUUACUUGAUGGACUUAAUUCUGAGAUUAGUUUUUUUCAUCAAGAUGGAAAAAUACUGAUCUUUAGGACAGAAAAGAGGAAAAAUAAUUAGGGGAGUGAGAAAGGAGGCAGGCGGAAGAAACAGAAACCUGGAGCGUGGCUCUGUUUUGUCAGCAAGAGGCUUUAGGACUCACCCAAGGCAAAUGCUGGGACACUUUAAGAGCAUCAGAACAUCCUGCCUCUGUUGAGUGAAGGGGCUUUCUUUCUAGCCUCUAUGGCACUGAGGGGUGCUUCAGCCGGCGGAGGAGUGGUCCGAUGGAGCCCUGCGUUCCCCAGGGACACAGGGCCAAGCUUUGAGGUGGGGUGCUUCUGGUUCUGAACAGCAGAGAAAGAGUCUUUUUUUCUUCCUAAAAUUUGGACUGUUGUCUGCACAAACUCUGAUCUGUUUUGCACGGUUUGUGUGCCUUUUUUUCCCUUUAUGCAAUCUUUUUCAGCUUUAGCAGCAGAACUUUGUCUAGUUCAGAAAACAUAUUAGAGGGUGGCUUCAAAAGAAAGAUAAUCUUGUGUGUUCUGUUUCUGCAUCCGAACUUCUGAGGAAGAAAUUCCAGCUAGAGGGAUUCUUAAAGCCUUAAGUUACUUGAAAUAUAUGUAUUUGCAACUCUUUGUCUCUGGAAUCAUACUACACUAAACUGGAAUCUCAGGCUGAAUGAGAAUAACCAAGUUGAAUAAAAAGAAGAAAACUGUUUCUUGAUCACCACUUACUAACGAUGCUCUUUCUCCAAAGGAUCAGCAUGUUCUUCCUCUAAGGACUUGAAAAUAAAAAUGGACCCCAUUUUUUUAAGCAUUACCUUUUCUUAGCAGACUGCCAUCCAUCUUUUAUAGAGGAAUUUUUUCACUAUGCAUUUGGUGGAUCUUUAUAAAACACUGACCUUCUAAUUAGAUUCAGGUCAGUCUUAAUUAAAGGGGGAAAAAAGCAACGCAAGCCAACCACAAAAAUAAAUAAACCAAUGAAAGAAAUUGGUUUAAAUUUCUCAGCAUUGAGCAUUACUUUUUAAGUAAAACAGUUCAUUGAAAAAAAGUAUGUAUGCAGCGGUGGAACAUGGGCCUGUGCUUUGCAGCGACUCCAACAUCCUCUGCCUGUCCUGGAAAGGGCGCGUCCCCAAGAGCGAGAAGGAGAAACCAGUGUGCAGGAGGCGCUACUACGAGGAAGGCUGGCUGGCCACGGGCAAUGGGCGCGGAGUGGUCGGGGUGACUUUCACCUCCAGCCACUGCCGCAGGGACAGGAGUACUCCACAGAGGAUAAACUUCAACCUGAGGGGCCACAAUAGUGAGGUUGUGUUGGUGAGGUGGAAUGAGCCAUACCAGAAACUGGCCACAUGUGAUGCUGACGGAGGAAUAUUUGUGUGGAUUCAGUACGAAGGCAGGUGGUCUGUGGAACUGGUCAACGACCGAGGGGCUCAGGUGAGUGAUUUCACGUGGAGCCAUGAUGGGACUCAAGCGCUUAUUUCAUACCGGGAUGGGUUUGUCCUGGUCGGUUCUGUCAGUGGACAAAGACACUGGUCAUCUGAGAUCAACUUGGAAAGUCAGAUCACAUGUGGCAUAUGGACUCCUGAUGACCAACAGGUGCUGUUUGGCACGGCCGACGGGCAGGUGAUCGUCAUGGACUGCCACGGCAGGAUGCUGGCCCACGUCCUCCUGCACGAGUCUGAUGGCGUCCUGGGCAUGUCCUGGAACUACCCCAUCUUCCUGGUGGAGGACAGCAGCGAGAGCGACACGGACUCGGACGACUACGCUCCUCCCCAAGAUGGCCCAGCAGCGUACCCCAUCCCGGUGCAGAACAUCAAGCCUCUGCUCACUGUCAGCUUCACCUCGGGAGACAUCAGCUUAAUGAACAACUACGAUGACUUGUCACCCACUGUCAUCCGCUCAGGGCUGAAAGAGGUAGUGGCCCAGUGGUGCACGCAGGGGGACUUACUGGCAGUCGCUGGGAUGGAACGGCAGGCCCAGCUUGGUGAGCUUGCCAACGGUCCCCUUCUGAAGAGUGCCAUGGUCAAGUUCUACAAUGUUCGUGGGGAGCACAUCUUCACACUGGACACACUUGUGCAGCGCCCCAUUAUCUCCAUCUGCUGGGGCCACCGGGACUCACGGCUUCUGAUGGCAUCAGGACCGGCCCUGUACGUGGUACGUGUGGAGCACCGGGUGUCCAGCCUGCAGCUGCUGUGCCAGCAGGCCAUCGCCAGCACCCUGCGGGAGGACAAGGAUGUCAGCAAGCUGGCCCUGCCACCCCGCCUCUGUUCCUACCUCUCCACCGCCUUCAUCCCCACCAUCAAGCCCCCAAUUCCAGACCCCAACAACAUGCGAGACUUUGUCAGCUACCCCUCGGCUGGCAGCGAGCGGCUGCACUGCACCAUGAAGCGCACGGAGGACGACCCGGAGGUGGGCGGCCCGUGCUACACGCUCUACCUGGAGUACCUGGGUGGGCUCGUGCCCAUCCUCAAGGGGCGGCGCAUCAGCAAGCUGCGGCCAGAGUUUGUCAUCAUGGACCCGCGGACAGAUAGCAAAUCAGAUGAAAUCUAUGGGAAUAGCUUGAUUUCCACUGUGAUCGACAGCUGCAACUGCUCAGAUUCCAGUGACAUCGAGCUGAGUGACGACUGGGCUGCCAAGAAAUCUCCCAAAAUCUCCAGAGCUAGCAAAUCACCCAAACUCCCAAGAAUCAGCAUUGAGGCCCGCAAGUCUCCCAAGCUGCCCCGGGCCGCCCCGGAGAUCUCCCGGUCUCCUCGGCUGCCCAUGCGCAAGCCCUCCAUCGGCUCACCCAGCCUGACACGGAGAGAGUUUCCUUUUGAGGACAUCACUCAGCACAACUAUCUUGCUCAGGUCACGUCUAACAUCUGGGGAACUAAAUUUAAGAUUGUGGGCUUGGCUGCCUUCCUGCCAACCAACCUCGGUGCAGUAAUCUAUAAAACCAGCCUCCUGCAUCUCCAGCCGCGGCAGAUGACCAUUUAUCUCCCAGAAGUUCGGAAGAUUUCCAUGGACUAUAUUAAUUUACCUGUCUUCAACCCAAAUGUUUUCAGUGAAGAUGAAGAUGAUUUACCAGUGACUGGAGCAUCUGGUAUCCCCGAGAGCAACCCGCCUUGCACCGUGAACAUCCCCAUCGCACCGAUCCACAGCUCCGCUCAGGCCAUGUCCCCCACGCAGAGCAUAGGGCUGGUGCAGUCCCUACUGGCCAAUCAAAACGUGCAGCUGGACGUCCUGACCAACCAGACGACAGCCGUGGGGGCAGCAGAGCAUGCAGGUGACAGUGCCACCCAGUACCCAGUCUCCAGCCGGUACUGCAGUCCUGGUCAGGUGAUUUUUGGAGGCGUGGAAAUGGGCCGCAUCGUUCCAAACCCCCCUCACCUGUCCCUGCCGCCACCGCCACAGGGGCCCGUGCAGAUGCCCACGGUGAGCCAUGGAGACCGCGACCAUGAGCACCUGCCAAAGUCAGCCAAGACCCUGAGGCCAGCGCCACAGCUGGCAGCUGAAGGGGAUGCCGUGGUCUUUAGUGCCCCCCAGGAGGUCCAGGUGACAAAGAUAAACCCUCCACCCCCAUACCCAGGAACCAUCCCUGCUGCCCCCACCACAGCGGCGCCCCCACCCCCUCUGCCGCCACCGCAGCCUCCGGUGGACGUGUGCUUGAAGAAGAGCGACUUCUCCCUCUACCCCACGUCAGCGCAUUACCAGACCCCUCUGGGCUACGAGAGGAUCACCACCUUUGACAGCAGCGGCAACGUGGAGGAGGUGUGCCGGCCUCGCACCAGGAUGCUGUGUUCCCAGAACACCUACACUCUCCCUGGCCCGGGCAGCUCAGCCACCUUGAGGCUCACAGCCACCGAGAAGAAGAUCCCUCAGCCCUGCACCAGUGCCACCCUGAACCGCCUGACCAUCCCUCGCUACUCCAUCCCCACGGGGGACCCACCCCCAUAUCCUGAAAUUGCCAGCCAGCUGGCCCAGGGGCGGGCCGCUGUCCAGCGACCCGACAGCAGCCUUAUCCACGCCACCCUGCGGAGGAACAACCGAGAGGCUGCGCUCAAGAUGGCCCAGCUGGCCGACAGCCCGCGACCCCCCCUGCAGCCCCCCGCCAAGCCCAAGGGCGGGCCUGUGGGGGCGGCGGCGCAGCUCCCGGCUCGGCCCCCGCCCGCCCUGUACACCUGCAGCCAGUGCAGCAGCACAGGGCCGGGCUCGCAGCCCAGCGCUGCCCUGGCGCACGCCAUCAGCGCCUCCCCCCUGGCCUCCCAGUCCUCCUACAGCCUCCUGAGCCCCCCCGACAGCUCCCGCGACCGCACCGACUAUGUCAACUCGGCCUUCACAGAGGACGAGGCCUUGGCCCAGCACUGUCAGCUUGAGAAGCCCCCGAGGCACCCCCCACUGCCUGAAGCUGCUGUCACCAUGAAACGGCCACCCCCUUACCAGUGGGACCCCGGGCUGGGUGAAGACAUUUGGGUUCCUCAGGAAAGGACAGCACAGACUGUAGUGCCCAACCCCUUAAAACUGUCUCCUCUGAUGCUAGGUCCGGGCCAGCACCUGGACGUGUCCCGAGUGCCCUUUGUCUCCCCCAAGUCUCCCGCCAGCCCCACUGCCACUUUCCAAACAGGCUAUGGGAUGGGAGUGCCGUAUCCAGGAAGCUAUAACAACCCCCCUCUGCCCGGAGCGCAGGUUCCCUGCUCUCCCAAAGACGCCCUGUCCCCAACACAGUUUGCACAACAGGAACCUGCUGUCGUCCUCCAGCCAGUGUACCCACCCAGCCUCUCCUACUGCACCUUGCCCCCCAUGUACCCGGGAAGCAGCACGUGCUCCAGUUUACAGCUGCCACCUGUCGCCUUGCACCCGUGGAGUUCCUACAGCGCUUGCCCGCCUGUUCAGAACCCCCAGAGCACUGUCUCCCCCAAGCCACACUUGGUGGUAGAGAAGCCCCUCGUGUCCCCGCCACCCCCAGAUCUCCAAAGCCACAUGGGCACAGAAGUGAUGGUAGAGACCACCGACAACUUCCAGGAAGUCCUCUCCCUGACAGAAAGCCCCGUCCCUCAGAGGACAGAAAAAUUUGGAAAAAAGAACCGGAAGCGCCUAGACAGCCGGGCAGAGGAAGGAAACAUGCAGGCCAUCACUGAGGGCAAAGUGAAGAAGGAGGCUAGGACUUUGAGUGACUUUAAUUCCCUUAUCUCUAGCCCCCGCCUGGGGAGAGAGAAGAAGAAAGUGAAAAGUCAGAAAGACCAGCUGAAGUCAAAGAAGUUGAAUAAGACAAACGAGUUCCAGGACAGCUCCGAGAGCGAGCCGGAGCUGUUCAUCAGCGGGGACGAGCUGAUGAACCAGAGCCAGGGCAGCAAGAAGGGCUGGAAGAACAAGAGGACACCCCGGGCCGCCAGCGAGCUGGAGGAGUCCCGGUGCCGGCGCGCCAGCGAGAAGGAGGACGGGCGGCUGGGCAGCCAGGGCUUCGUGUACGUCAUGGCCAAUAAGCAGCCCCUGUGGAACGAGGCCACCCAGGUGUACCAGCUGGACUUUGGAGGGCGCGUGACCCAGGAGUCAGCCAAGAACUUCCAGAUCGAGUUGGAGGGGAGGCAGGUGAUGCAGUUUGGACGGAUUGACGGCAACGCCUACAUCCUAGACUUCCAGGCCCCCUUCUCGGCCGUGCAGGCCUUCGCGGUUGCCCUGGCCAACGUGACGCAGCGGCUCAAGUGAAGAGACCGGCCUGGGGAGGACGGAGAGGCCGAGGGGCUUUUCGCAGAGGUCUGGCUGGAGACGCCAGAGCGGCCGCACGGGCCUGCGAGCUGGGGGACCAGAAGACAACAGCGAAGCUGGAAAGGCCUGUCACGCUCAAGGAGAGGGCACUGACCUUCCGUCGUCUUUAUUUGGGCUUUAUUAACCUUGGUUGUCUUUCUUUCCUUAUUCGGUAGAGCGGCAUUUGGAAGCAAAGGUUGCAGGGCACCUGGUGUUCUUCGGGAGAUGUAGCGUGGCCGUGGUAACGUUCUGUGUUUGCUUCUGUCAGUGACCGAGGCAAGGGCCCUUCAGAAGGAGACAGACUGCCUUACAGCCUGCUGUGCUUUCAGACAGGGCGCGCGUGACACCUAGCCUUUAUCACUCCUCCAUCACCACUAGGGUGAAAACAAAAAAAUUCUAAAAACACAACCAAAAAUCCUGAUAUCACUUGGUUCUCUUGGGGAAGGGGAGGGACAGCAGUGUAUUCACAUAUACUGUGUUAUUCCCCGGAAAGUAACUUGCUUAACAAAGGGUAUUUGGGCAAAUGCACUGUGUUUCACUAAUAGGAGUAGGCUCUUUCAGGGGUGCUGUCGCUAGGUAUAAACACGAUUUGCUCAUUGGUGACAUUGGGGAAGGGAUGAUGAGUGAGGAGGGAGCAGCACAGAGGGACAGGCUCACACACCGAGGACGGCUGGGCGACUCACUUUGGGACACAGUAGUACAAGGGCUACGCUCGUCUUCUGAGGGGGUUUACGUUGACAGACUCCACUGGUUUCAUCGUAUGUCCAAGUUCCGCAGAUCAGUGGAGACCAUUCAGUGUGAUUGACUUUGAGAGAAGCGGAGACUAAAACGCAAAGAUCUUCCUCAGAUAGUGCGGUGGUGAGUCCCAAGCCGAGACGCGGCCUCUGUCUCUCUGCCCCUUUUAUAUUUUAACCUGGAGCAUGUCGCUGUAAACAUCUUUCCCAUUAGAUAUCACUGUUUUACACUUUCUCUUUUUGAAAGUAUGGACAAGACUUGAUCUGAAGCCACUCCUUGCCUCGUCUUGGCUACAUUAAAAUUCAAUUGACUAGAAGUGAUUUCUACCAGAUUAGAAAUGUAACCAAAAGAUUUUUAAGUAUUUGCCAGGGUAUUAAAAGAUAGGGUAUGGUCAAAUCUUUGACAAAAGUUUCAUGAUCUUCUCUAAGGGGAAAAAAAAGGUUGUUUAUUAACCAUACAGACUGUUUACUGAGGAGAGAAACCACUGAGAAAAUGUUAAAGUUACCUGUGUUAACUUUACCUGAAGUGUUAAAGUUACCUGUGUUAACUUUACCUGAAGUGUUAACUUCAGGUAAUUGGUGGACCACACUUUAAUUGCAAAAAGAAAAGUCUACCUAGCAUCUCGUUCCCGCCUCCCAACACUGGGCAAUAUUCCAGCCCUGACGACAAGACCAGUGGAUGUUUCAGGUAUUCAUACUUGUGGUGGUGUUUAGGGCAGGGCCAAAGGAAUUAUCUCCUGGUUUUGGGUCCUGAAUUUGGAUUUUAUUUGAAAACAGACAAGUGGAAAAUACCACAAAAAAGUAUUUUCAAAUUUAAAAGUUUUGUUAAUUCCCUGUUUUGGUUUAAAAAUUAGAAAAGAAACUGGGCCAUUUCUUUCCCAGAGCAAGGUGACGUUACUUACCAUUCUCUCUGAACCCCAAAGAAAUAUCAACCAGGUUUUUAAAUAUGGUGACAGACAUCUCCCAGCUAACACUUGAGUUUCUCAUUUUGUAUUUAGAAGUAUUGGGCCUGGUUUUUUGGUGGGCACAUUCUUCCAGAAAGAAUUUAGCAGUGUAUUCAGAAUUUUCUAGUUCUUUUAUGUGAGUUUCUGUUGCUUGAUACGGUGUGUCAGUGCUUAUUAUUAGUUGUGCAAUAAUAGUUACAGCCUAUUUCUAAAAUAAUUUAAAUGCAAUUCUCCUGUUUUAUUGUCUAUGAGAUAAUUAUUUAUCUUGCUUUUCAUAGUGUUCUUAGGAAUUAUUUUGUUACUAUGUAUUGGUGAGUUAUGCCCAUUUUAUUAUUUAUUUAGAAAAAUGGUAUCUUUGUAAUGACUUACUUGGUAGCAGUAUAUUUUGCUGCAAGAAAUAAAGAGGAUAUGAUAGAA